UUAUUAGUAUCGCGUAUUUUUUUAUUUUCUUUUUAGAUGAACUAAUAGCACUAUGUAUCGCAAAAUAUAAAUUGCUUUUUGUGCUUGCAAUAUUGGACAAAAACAAUUUGAAAUUCAAAUAGUAAAAGUGAGGUUUGGUAAUUGGGAGGUUAGGCGCAGCUUGUGAAUGCAGCGCUGCGUAGUAAGAACGGGCGGUGCUGGUCGCUGCAGAGCUAGUGCAGUAACUACGGCCAGGUACACUUGCCCUGUGAACACACAGCCAAAGCGGCCUUUACGAGUGCUGGAGCAAAAAUAGCACAAUUUUAACUAAAUCCGCAGCCAUGGCGGCGGAGACCGACAAGGUAGAGCCUGCGGAUAGCGAACAAGAAGAUGAAGUGGAGGAUGUGUACGAAGUGGAGAGGAUCAUCGACAUGCGGGUGGAAGAGGGUGAAGUGCUCUACAGAGUCCGUUGGAAGAACUACUGCUCGGACGAUGACACUUGGGAGCCUGAGGCCCACUUGGAGGACUGCCGCGAGGUCCUCUUAGCUUUCAAGAAGUCCAUGGCUGAGAUCAAGGCCAAGAAAGAGGCAGAAGCGAAGAAGAGCGUGAAACUACCGCCUACAAAGAGCGACUCUGAGAGUGAAAGUGACAAAGACCGUCCAACAGAGGCGCCCGCCAAGAAGAAGAAAAAGACAAAGAUCAAGGAGGAAGAAGAGGAACUACCUCUAAAGGAGAAAAAGAAGAAGAAGAAGAAAAAAGAAAAACGAAAGGAGGAGUCCAGGCCUAUACCGGCACCGGAGACGGAUGAAGGAGAAGAAGAAGAGGAAGACGAAGAAGAGGCAGAAGAAGAGAGAGCCCCGACUCCAGCCAGUCCUCCAAAGGAGAAAAGAACUGAUUUGAAAAAGCGUCUGGUUGAGUCUGAAGAUGAGGAAGAAGAGCCUGUUCCCUAUAAAAAACACAAAAAGGAAAAGGGAAAAGAGGGAGGAAAGCAUAAGAAAGAGAAGGUGGAGGAGGGGAAGAAGAAGAAAGUGAAGAAGGAAAGGAAGGUUGAAACCUCUGAAGACGAGGCCGCUGCUCCUCUGGAAGACAACCUGAGCGACGGCCCGUCAGAGUCCCAAGUGGACGAUAAUGCAUCAACGGAUGCUGCUGCAAAGUCAGCCGACAAAGCCCGUGUGGAUGACAAGUCCAAACUCAUUAAGGGGACGGUGGAGGUAAAGCUGCAGGGCAUUAAGGACCUCAUCCAGGACAAAAAGAGCAAGAAGCCAGACGCAACUCAGAAAGAAAGCAGCCUCCAAAAACUAAAGAGCCUCACCUCUAAAGUCAAGGAGGACACUGCCCCACACUCAGACUCCAGCGAUAGCUCCACCUUACAUAAGAAAGCCAAGAGCAAAGGGCAGGAGAGCACGGCGAAAGUCCCGUCUUCCUCCACGUCCUCCUCGUCCUCCUCGUCCUCUGUCACAGCAGCGAGCAGCACCAAGAUCAAGGAGGAGGAGGCGGCUAAAGAGGAGGUACUGGGACAGAAGGACGCCUCAGGCUCCACUAACCUGUUUGAGAAGUUCCUGUUAAACUGCGAGGCCAAGGACCGAGCCCCCCGCAGGCAGCCCGGGCAUCAGUCCGUCGUAGAGAAGAUCAUCAUCAAACCCACAAAGCCAAUAGGAAAGAUAGAGAAGACCUCGAAGACGACCAAAGAGUCUCCAGCUCAGAAAACAGAGUCUGAGAAGACGGAGAAGACCAAGCAAUCCGAUGUCUCCAGACCCGGCCAGAGUUAUGGCUUCAGCCUGGACAGUGAUGAGAAGGAAGCAGAGGAGACUCUAGCAAAGCAGAAGCCUGCUGAGGAGACCCGGGAGAGGAAGGAGAGGUCAGAGGAGGUGCAGCGGCCCGGCUGGGAGAGGAAACCCCCCACAGAGGACAGGAGGAAGAGGAGAGAGGACAGUGAGCCCAGACUCUUCAUGGCAUGUGAUGACAAUCAGGACACCCAGGAGACACCAGGGGGCGCUGAUAAAUGUGACAAGGGCCAAGCCACCUUGAGUCUAGGAAUGGACCUCAACUUGGACUGGAUGACACUGGACGACUUCCAGAAACAUCUGAACGGGGAUGAUGAAAUCCUGUCUGGUCCGCCGUUAUCUCCCAGUGAGUUGCGGGAUGCUGUGAAAAGUGGAGAUUACAUGGCUGUAAAAUUGGCUCUUAAUUCCAAAGAGGAGUACAAUCUGGACCAGGAGGCUUGUACUAUUGGUGAGACGAGGUCAUUUGAAGGAGAGAGGAGCUUGAUUGAAGAGAGAAGUUCGAUUGAUGCUCUUAGGUUGACUUCUGACCUUGGCAGUGCCAGAAAUGACGAGGGUACUCAAAGAGUAAAAGAGAAUAUCCCACAAGAUAUGGAUGGCCCAAAAGAUGGCGAAAAUAUGCCAAGCUUCCCUGCCAGUAUAAACAAGCAAGUGACAGUGAGGGAACAUGAACAGGUCCAAAAAGGUGGAAACAAUAUAACUGAAUCAGAAAACAAUGCUUGUAAUUCACGUGCCAAGCAGGAAAGUCAAGGAGAGGAAGACCAGAAGCAAGCACAGGAAGACGAGCUGUCAAACGACACAAAUGGUGGUUUAUCAUGUAUGAGUUUGAACUUUGAUCAUUCGGAUCCAACCAGAAAUGCAGAGAGGAUGCUGCCAAGGGACAGUGACGAUACAAAACAAAAGGGCAUAGCUAAUCAGCAAAGGUUCCCUGGAGAAGCAAAUGACUCCAGUGAUGAGGAUGUGGUGCCAGGUCAGUCAGAUGGUACAGAUACAUUUCAGUCAGAGUCGGGCACAAAGGAGAUUCCUAAAAGGCGAUCAUGGCGCCGCAGGAGGAUUGUGGAGAGGAAACAACCAGCACGAUCCAGUAAAAAAUUGCUUCAAACAACACCUGGCAAAGCGGAUGAUGAGAGAAGAGAGUCAAGUAAAAAGCACUUCUGUUUAUAUUGCAAAAUGGCUUAUGCCCAACUUGCAAAGCACUUGGAAAGAAGGCAUGCAGAGGAAACGGAUGUUGCCCAUGCAAUACACUUUCCCAAAGGUUCCAGAGUUAGACAGUCUUUGCUUGACCAAAUUCGCAAUAAAGGAGAUUAUGAACAUAAUUGCCAAGUUCUCAAAAGUGGCCUGGGGAACAUUGUGACCAAGAAACAGGUUAAAAAUCCCAGUGUAUCGGUUCGUGACUUCCUGCCUUGCCAGCACUGCUUUGCUUUUUAUCGCAAAACUGAUUUAUGGAGACAUGAGCGGUCGUGUAAGGCCAGAAAGGUAGAUCAGAAAUCCUGUGAAAAGACAAAUAAAAACAGAGUCCACAGUGCUGCCUCCCGGCUGCUUCCAAUGUCUGAGUUCUUAACGGGAGGCUGCGAGGAAAUUAUCCACAUCAUGCAUCAAGAUGACAUCUCAAGACAUGUUAGAAAUGACCCUCUUAUUUGUAAAUAUGGUAAUGCAUUGUCUGCCAAGUAUGACCAUGACAAGUCUCAGUUUGCUUAUAUUGCACAAAAGAUGAGGGAACUGGGUAGAUUUGUGGUCGCUGUAAAUGAGCUUGACAUGAGUGUCAAGUACUUGCAUGAAAUAUGUCUGCCAUCCAAAUUUAAUUUAGCCAUUGAAGGGGCCAAAAAACUUAGUGGUUUUGACCCCAGUUCCAGUAAGUUUAAAACCAUUUCCCUUGUCUCAAAAAUCCGCUACUCUUUGAAACGUGCUGCAGAAAUAGCUUUCGGGGAAAGUCGCAUGACUGAGGACGGUGAAACAGAAAGUGACGUGAAAAAGUUCAUACAACUUCUUGAUACAAAAUGGAGUGAGUGUUUUUCUCGCAAAACUCUUGCAUUAUCUCUAAAGCAAGAAGUAAAGAAAGUGGAAGUAGACAAAUCAACGGUGACAGAAGAUUUGAUAAAACUCCACAGGUUUAUCACAGGGGAAGAGGAAGAAGCCAGGAAGGAGCUGAAAGAAAGUCCUAAUUUGUCAACAUGGAAAAAGCUCAGCGAGGCCACCCUGGCAGAUGUGUGUCUGUUUAACAGAGGAAGGGUAGGAAAUAUUGGUAGACUGCUCUUGCAAACUUACACUUGCAAGAAGAGUAGGGGAACAUUUGUGCCCUCUGCAGAUCAAAUAAGGAAAAGCACUAAAUUGGAGCUGGACCUUGGUAGCAGUUUCACCAGGUUAGAACUAGAGGGUCAGUAUGGGAGGAACAUGCUGGUUCUGCUAACGGAAAGAAUGGUUUUGUCAAUCGACUUACUCAUUGAAAAUCGAGAUCAAGCGGGUGUGUCAAAAACAAACCCAUACCUGUUUGCGCGGACUGAAGGUCCGUCCUUCAUCAGAGGAUUGGAUUGUUUCCGAAGGUCUGCAAUGGAAUGUGGAGUUAAAAACCCAGAAGCACUUCUGUCCUCAUCAUUAAGAGAGCAAAUUGCCAUUUGCUGGCAGCUAAUGAGCCUCAGUGAACAUGAAGUUGAUCAAGUGUCCAAGCUGUUGGGAAGGAGCAGCCAGGAGUGUUACAGGCUCUCAAAUAAUGCAUCACAGCUGGAGGAAGUGUGCAAACAACUUCUCAAGAUGGAUCAAACGCUGCCAUCAAGUCCACCCAGCACUGCAAGAGAUGGAACUGUACAGAAGCCCACUUUAAAGAGAAGACCUUGGAGUGAGAGGGAGCAGGCUGCAGUGAAGCGUUACUUGAGUGAAUUUAUCACAGAGUUGAAGGUUCCAGGCAAAAAGGAGUGCAAUGCUUGCAUAACUGCUGAACCAGAUCUUUGUGGAAGGUCUUGGACCGACGUCAAAAACUACGUACACAACACACUACAGACAAUACGAAGGAGAAGUAACCAGCAUAAGUCUGAAGGGGAUAUAAAUGAGAGUCCAAGGAGUCCAAUGGCUGGAGUCCUAAACACAGAGAAAGAUUUGGAAGACUCGAACGUUGUCUGUAGUUUGACAACAGUGCAUCCUGAUCACCUUAGAGAAAGUACAGUUUGUUGUAUGACAAUGGCUCCAACCAACUACCCGCAAGAGAUGACUUCAACGUAUGCAACCUUGUGUUCUACUAGUGCAAACAUGAUCCAUUCGGGUCAACCGUUGAUUUCUACUUUUACACCAUUAAAUGCUACUGAUACACAAGUGGUUCCUACAUUUACUCCACACAACACUACAAAUGCACUAAUGCCUCCUGCAUACACAUCAGAGAACAACAUGAUUAUGCCAUUGUCUCCUUCUUACACACAGAAUGCCCCAAGUAUGUCACCAUCGUCUGUGUAUUCACCACAGGAUACUACGGGUUCACCAAUGAUUCCUCAUUUUAGCACCUUUACUGCUCCAAGCACCUCAAUGGUUCCUACGUUCACGCCAUUAAAUACAAUUGCACCAAUGGCCGCUGUAUUCUCACCACUAAACGAGAGAAGUAGACCUAUCGUUUCUUCAUUCACACCUCUGAAUCAUAUAAGUACACCGUCUUACCCCACAGGGCCGCCACCUAGGGCCCCUACAACUGCACAGGUUGUCCCGACAAUCCAUAGACCGGGUGACAGAACACCGGUCGGACAGGAAAGUAUGUCCGCUGCAGGAAGAAAAGUCUCUCCAGUUGACAAGCCUCAAAAGAGAAACAAGAGGUUGUGGAGUAAGGAGGAACAGGCUGCGGUUAGCCGUCAGCUCGGAGACUUCUGUAAACUAGUGAAAGUGCCAGGCAAAAAGGAUUGUGAUGCAUGUUUAGCUGCCGAACCCGCCUUGAACAGCAGAACAUGGAGGGAUGUCAAGUAUUUUGUUCAUAACUCAAUUCAAUCAUUUAAAAGAAGAGGGCAUGUUUUGGCCUCCAAACCAAGUGAAGGACAGGAACCGGAGACUCAUAAUAAUCCAAAUACAGACUGGGAUGGUCCCGUUUAUCUGUCCCUGUAAAUAUUUGUAAUGGACUUUCAGAAAAAACCCAACAAUUGGAUCAAUAAGAUUUUAGAGGUGUGCAAGGGAUGUAACCUCAAGUGUUCAGCUGAUGUGAAUUGUUGUAAAAUGUUCAAUGUCAGUGAACCUUGGUCUCAGUGGCUAGACAGAUCUUGACAACGAUUACAGACUGCCCUUCAUUUUAGUCGCACUUUUUAAAAGGUUCAAGUAUUCAGAAUCAAGUCCACCGGACCAAGCAUUAGUGUACUGUUGCAUGAAUAUACACUAAAUGGUUGGAACUAAGGAUGUUUGUACUGUAGCUUUGGUUCAGAAAAAGGCUGAUAGUAAUGUUUUAAAUAUAGACGUAUGUGACACAGUCUAAUAUGUAACUCUGUCAAUUAGUCAGAUCAUCACAGCUUAUCUCUAGAAAGUGUUCUAAUUUAGACGUGUGAUCAUUUAGUAAAUGUAAACCUCAUUUUUCCAGGAUUUGCAACCUAUAACUAGUCAUUGGCUGUGGCAUGUAGCCACUGUGGCACCCAACACGCUUUCACAAUUUCAAACACAAUAUUUGUGAAAAUUGUGAAAGCAAUGACUGAAUAUUUUUGGGAGUCCCCAGCCACCAUGACCAGGGCAUUUCCCCCCCCCCCUGCACUGAGCAAAGGUAGCCUCAGUGACUGUACAUUUCCAGAGCGAUUUUUACUCUUCUUUACUUUGAACCCUACAUCUAUCUUUCUGCCUGUACUAUUUUCAGUAGCAUUUUUAUGAAUUUUGUUGAUCAAAAAAGAAAUAGAAAACGUACCAGCAAAUCUUUGCAUCCAGUCCCUCCAACAUGAUAGAUGUGCGUAGAUUUGCUUUACAUGAUUCCCAAAUGCCCGGCCCAAGUGUACUGUAUUCUUUCUUUAGCCAGUAGCCUAUAUUGUAGAUGGCCCCUGAUGCGCUGCAGCAGUAAUGGCAUACUUUCCUUGCUGAUGUUAGAGAAUUAGGAGCGUCGUGUGUAUACCUCACUUAAAUAUGAAUCUAUUUUGCUCUUUGAGAAUCCUGUUGAUGAAUGUUAAUUAUCUUCAUUUAUGUUUGUUUGUUUUCAUGUGUAUUAUUAAGCUACCGAAAGGUUUAGUUGUUGUGUUCUUGUCUCACUAUACAGCAACGGUGUGGAACAUUUUAGUACUUUAUGGUAUUUGAUAUACUCUAUUUGAGGUAAAUACACUACAUUGGUCUCAUUUGUACUUGGUUUCAAGCUUUUAUCUGGAUAUUUGUGACAUUAAUAUCCAGUUGCCAAGAUCAGAUUGCCUUAUUAUGCCUUGUUGAUUAUUUGCUCUGUUACACUUUCAUAUUGAUCACGUCUGACACACAGCAUAGUAAGUGCAGUUCUUGUUUUUAAGAUGUGAAGCCUUUAUUACAAAAGUUAAUAAAUGUUUAAUUUAUAUUUUUUAAAUGGAAUCGGUAUAGUUUGGUUAAAUCUUGAGUGUACCAGACAGUGCAUGAAAAAGGUCAAUUUCAUUCCCAGUGGAUAACGUAUAAGAUUAAUAACUAAAUUCAUAUUGUCUCUAGAAUUAUCACCUUUGAGGUCUGAGGUGUUUUUUAGUUACCAAAAAAGAAUGCAGAUUUAAUUUUAAGCUGAACUUUGGUUUGUUUCUGUCGCAUAUAAAUCAUAUUGAACAGGAUAUUGCAGAUGUUGUCCUGCCUAAACAGGCUCGUCAAAUUCAGUUUUACAUCCUCACUGCAGUGUUUGUCACACUGGAUACUCAGCCAUGUGUGGAGCUGCUGUUGGGUCAGGUCAGUCGGCUCUGUAGAUGUCUUCAUUGGGACACGUGAGAAGAACAUGCCGUUCUGAGUAGUUUCUAGUUUUCUUUGUGAUCCAGAAGCUGAAGUUAUGGUUACGAGUUCACGACUGCUGUUUGUCACGGACUAAAGAUGUUGAGUUCUCCUCAGCGUCGGCUGUAGUACAUCUGAUCAGAGUAACCAGUGUUCACCCUCUCCUUAGUGUCAGAGAUGCAUACAACUCUGACUGUGAGGCUGCAAAUGCGGGUCAGAUAACCACGUCAGGUAAACUCAUUCAAACCAAUGGCAAACAGGUUCUUUUGUGUAGUUAUGAAAGUGCUAUACCUGUGUUGCAGUACAGGCUUGUGUUAAAGACAUGUUUCAGGUCUCCAGGUGCUUUAUGAUCGUUCGGACACAACCAUUGCUGUUUGGUGUUGCAAAGCAACAUUUCUUUGUCCCUGUACAGUAGAUCUUUCAUUGCUAUUGUAUAAGCACACGGUGCGUGUUACUCUUCAUCCUGUUGUAAUUCUGUUGCCUUCAGUUAAUGCUUAAGAUCAAGUAUUGUAAGCAACUUAUAACUUUGGCUUGUACAAUAAAAUGCUUCUUGACUUAAAAAUGA